CCACUGAUGCAAUUGAGAACAGUCAGCAUAGCGUUGAGUUAAUCAAAACUUCAAUUGGAUAGAAAAAAAAACCCAAUCAGCUCAAAUGACCACUAUCUAGUUCAUACCAUUAUCUGCAAGCCAUACCCACCGAGCCUCUUCUGAUUGGACAAUCCUGGACCCCCGCCACAACACUGCUCUCAUUAAGCAGCUCGGUAAACAUAGGUGCCUUGUAGAGAUCGUAUCCAAGAUUCAAACCGAGAUCCACAGCGAGAUAGCUGGGAAACCAAAAAGGCGCAAAGAAAACAGGACAGGAGUUUUAGACUUCGCCACACACAAAAGGGAACCCUAAUCUCCCCAAACGCACCAGCCUCAACAGAGAAAGACAUCCAAACGCGUCUGUUUAAAAGGUGUGGCACAGACAAGAAGAUGAAAAGUGUCUUCGUGUUGGCAAUAAUGUCGUUUCUAAUGAUGGUGCGAUCGUGCCAGUCAAGUUGCGAGGAGAUACAAGAACCAAUGAGCAGCGAUUUACAAAUAAAGCAGGAUAUUUCGAGCGUAAACACUCUGCCCCGAGCCUUUCUGAAGCGGUUCUACGACGGGAUGAAUUAUGACGGUUUCGUCGGACUCAUGGGUAAAAGAACCGCCGGGUCAAACGAACUGCCACCUGAGAAAAGAGAUAUGCAUGACUUCUUUGUUGGGCUUAUGGGGAGGAGAAACACAGAGAAUGGCAAUCCCGUCCCGUUGAAAAGGGAAACUUUCCCAGGAUCAAGAGGAACCAUCUUUCCUAAUAAGUGUAAAAUGAGGUUUCGUCGCUUCGUGUAGUGCAGAAGUCCCGAAGUCGCUGUUGCCAAAGCGCAUCAAGUUUUCAAAUCUGAAAAAAUUAUUAUUUUGUAUAAAGAAGAGCAUAUGCUUCUUGAAAAUGAAAAGUCAAACACACACACACACACACACACAUUCUGUUCCAUUUGCAAGUUGUUGUAUAAAUGAUUUGGGCAGUACAGAUUUCAUAGAAAGAUACCCGGGUUUGUGUUGGCUGUUUUAUUUAAUGGUGUAAAACAU